GGACGGACGCACCGACCCCUGCCAUCCCCACUAAUAUGCAAUGGUUUUUUGUGCAGAAGCCGACAGCUGCCGCGUACCGCCGACUUCACGCUAGCGCCGCCGCAUGCCUGUCCGCCGCUGCCGCUCCUCUCCCCGCGCCGCGCGGCAGACGACGCCAUUUGAAGAGGAGCGCUCGGGGGCUUUUCACGCCGCGGCGGCCGGGCGGCAGCAGCAGCGACCGCUCCUCCGCCGCUGAGGACCACCGGCCGCUGGGGCAGCCGGAGGAGGAGACAGCGGAGAAAAGCGCCGCAGCGGUUGCUCUUUUCUUGCCGCACGGGGACGACGUCGACGCGGAAUACCUGCGGCUGCUGGUCUCUGGGCUUGUGGAGGAACCGGGCGCGAAACCGGGCGACGAGCCGGGCUUCCUGCUCUUAUUCUUGUCUAUGGUGCAGAUUGGGGGGGCAAAGCACCGCCGAACUGAGCCCAACAGCUGGCCGGCUCUGCUGGCAUGCAAACAGGGGGGCGGAUCAGCCCCCAUGCGGUGGGUGAAUUUUAGGCUGCCGCAUCCGGAGCGCCUCUCGUCCCCCACCUCCUCUUCCUCCACCUCCUCUUCUACCACCUCCUCCUCCUCCUCCUCCCCCGUCUCGGCCAAAUCCAUGCGGUUUAUUUGGAACAACAUUUUCAGCAAAGGAUCGCAUAUGCUGCAGUGUCUUUGUGGCAGGAGCCUCAAGAAAAACAAGAACCCAACUGGUGAACCAGAGCUGAAGGUAGUGCAGCAUGACGUUUUCUGGUUUUCUCUACGUGGCAUCGUGGAAAGCAUGGACCACAACGCCACGAAGGGAAAACCAGAAAACGGGACCUACAGAGUAACUGGACCAUAG